AUGAGAGUAAUCGCUACAUUCUUCAACUUAUUUUUCCUAGCUGGUGCCUGUCUUUUAUUAAUCUUCACCGUAUUGGCCGGGUCAUCAAAACAUUUCCCCUUGAACAAAUUCUAUUGGUUAGAGGCCGACACUUCCAGCAUCCCCAAUUCACCAGCCAACACAUCCGCAUGGACGUUUUGGGGAGUCUGUGAUAAAAAUGAUUAUUCCAAUUGUAAAUUGGGACCAGCAUACCCAAUUUCGCCCGAGGACAAUUUCGAAACGACAACCAAUGUGCCUCAAGAUUUUUUGAAUAAUCAGUCAACUUAUUACUAUUUGAGUAGGUUUGCUUUUGCCUUUUGUUUAAUUGCAUUGGGAUUCGCUGGCUUGGCUUUUAUUAUUGACAUUUUGGGUUUCUGUUUCACCAUUAUUGAUAAAGUUAUCAUGUUUUUAGUCACUGUUGCAUUGUUUUUCAUGGCAGCAUUUGCCUCAUUCCAAACUGCCGUUACUGUAUUGGCCAAAAACGCAUUUUCCAGUGAUGAUAGACACGCUAAAGUUGGUGCCAAGUCAAUGGGUGUCAUGUGGGCGGCAUUUGUAUGUUUAUUCAUUUGUUGGGUAUUGACAUUUGCUGCUAAUAUCAGCAACAGUUAUAAAAAACACAUGGAUAGAGUCAAUCAACAGAGACAGGGUAAGGAAGUAGCAUAUGAUGCUAGACAACAACAGCAAGACGAAUAUCCAAAGGGUGUUGCUGCUAAUCGUGACGACUCUUCGUUUACUAGAGCUGGUGGUAGGGAUGAAGAUGUUAAUGACAAUGGUGGUGUAGGUGGUGGUGCUGGUGCAGGUAGUGGUGGAAUCAGAUUUUUCAAAAUAAAGAGAAAUCAAAAAACAGUUGAGGACGAAUCAGUAUAA